CGUGCGAAGAGCUCGACAUGUCAUUCAUUGGAAUCCGCCACCUGAAACGCGAGGAAGUGAAGGCGACUCAUUUGGGUAUAAAGCAUCAGCCAACAUCUGCCCCGAGCAGUGCAAAGCUGAUGAAAACAUCAGCUGGGAGCUGAUAUUGGACCUCUCCGAUUUAUUUGAAUUCCCUUGGAUUUAUUAUUUUGCAUUACCGAGUCGGUGCACCCAGGAGACGCAACUCUUUUUUUUGUACUUCAAGUGAAUGUGAUUCCACAGCCAUCACUAUACUGGAAUUAUCCGAUAUCCCGAGGGAUUUGGGCGCACCUGUUACCUCCACGGAGCGCGACAUCAUGAUACCUCCGGGAGACUGCAUGUACGCGGGCAGGAAGAGGAGGAAGCCCGUCCAGAAACAGAAGCCGUCCGCUGCCAAUGAGAAAACCAACCCGUCCAAGCGGCACAGAGACAGGCUGAAUGCUGAGCUGGACCGGCUGGCCAGCCUGCUGCCGUUCCCCCCGGAUGUCAUCUCCAAGCUGGACAAGCUGUCCGUGCUGCGCCUCGCAGUCUCCUACCUCCGCGUCAAAAGUUUCUUCCAAGCAAACCACGAGAAACCCUCCAGGAAGCACAGUGUCAGCACAGCAUCCUCAAACCCUGAACCCAGCAAAGACAGCCCUCCACUGGCGACCCCGGUCAAUGAAAGCAGCCUCCUGCUGGAAUCACUUACAGGCUUCGCCUUGGUGGUGAGCAGUGAUGGGAUGGUGUUCUACGCCUCUUCAACCAUUGUGGACUACCUGGGAUUUCAUCAGACGGACGUGAUGCACCAGAACGUGUUUGACUACAUCCACAUAGAUGACCGCCAGGAGUUCCGGCGCCAGCUCCACUGGGCCAUGUGUCCUCCGCAGGGCACGGCCGACCCGGACAACCAGACAGCUGCAGGGGCCGGUGAGGACUUUGUAGUGAGCAGCCUGUUCCAUUCUCCGGAUGCAGGGGGGAUUCCUCCUGAGCUCACCUGCUUCCUCAACAGGUGUUUCAUUGCCAGAGCCCGAUGCCUCUUGGACAGCACCUCCGGUUUCUUGACUGUGCAGUUCCAGGGGCGGCUGAAGUUCCUCCACGGUCAGAAAAAGAAGUCCGGCUCCGGGGCAGUGAUGCCUCCCCAGCUGGCUUUGUUCUGCAUAGGUGUACCCCUCUUACUGCCCUCCAUCACUGAGAUGAAAAUGAAGAGCAUAUUAAUGCGGGGAAAGAACAAGGGAGGUGGAGGGAUGAUCUCUGCCCUGGAGCAUGGUGAGCGGGGGGAACACCUCAGGAGGCAUUCCUUUGGUGGAGGAAUGGGCGACAUAGCAGACCCUGUCCUCCUCUCCUGUCCCACUCCUGGCCCUACCCAGCGGGGUCAUCCCACUCCCUGGACACCGCUCUCUAAAGACAACCUCAAGUACCGCCACGAGGGUUUCUACAACCAGGAGGAACCCCUCAACUACUGCAAGUCCACCAUGGCUCCCCUUAAAAGCGUUAACCCGGGUCUGGGCUGUGGUUGGCCCAUGCGGCCGAACUCCGGCCCCCUCAGGGCGGGCCAGGGUAUUGGCUACAUCCCCUCUAACCGCAUGAACAAGGCCGGCCACUAUGCGAAGCCAUACCGCCUCUCCCCGAGCUGCCACAGCAGAGGCAGCGAGGUGUUUGUCUCGAAGCUCUAUGGGAACGUCCAGAUUCCCGCAGACCCAGAUGCCUACUGCGUGGAUCCGGUGAAGAACGAAAACGGCUACGGGGAAUGCUACGAUGGCCACCUGAUGCCCGAGGUGCAGCCCAUCAAGGUGGAGCACGACUCGGACUCCGAGAACGGCUGCGACGCGUUCGGGCGACCCUGGGCGCGCCACGACCCCGAGGCCAUCGACCGCCGCUACGGCAACGGGGCGUACGACCACGGCUCAGGCCUCCAUCUCAAGUCGGAGGCGGACUAUUACGAUCCUCAGUUCUCGCCCUGCCAUCGGGGGAAAGCGGGAAUCAGCCCACCAUACAACAACUAUCAGAGCUAUGCAGGCAACCACGGCGGGAACACGACCGGACGUCCGUUAAAAUGUGACAAAGAAUUGGGCAAUCACAACAACAACAACAACAACAACAACAACAGCCAGUUUAGUCCUCAGAGACUGUCUCACUCAGACUCCCUAUGCGGCAACCCAUCCGUCAACCUCAUGGACUCACACGUCUAUCCACAGGACCCUCACAAGGCCUACAUGCAUCCGGACUACAACAAGCAUGCCACUUAUGAGUUCAAAGGUCACGGCCUGGUCCAUUCAAUCAAGCGGGAGCCCAUGGACUCCCCGCCGUGGUCUGAGAACGUAAGCCAGUCCAUGAUGGUUGGGCCGAGGAACAUUAUGCCAUGUGUCAUGAGCACGGGGCACCACAAGUCCAGUCCCUACAUUUAUAUGCCAUAGGAGCAGAUCAUCACACACACACACACACACACACUCAAAUAACCGGUGUCCAGUAGAGUACUUUAUAUUGCGCCAAAUGCACCAGCAUUACAUAAGGAUUCCCAGGAUAUUCACAUUUAAACGCCUUCUUCGGUGGUGACGAAGAAGUCACAAACAAGGCUCAGGUUCUAGUGUUUGUGUGUUGACAAUCAAAAGUAAUACUUUGAAUCCAGUUUAUGGAUGAAUGGUUUUGUUUGUGAGGGACGCAUUUUGUAGCACUUUUUAAUUUAGUGACAGCGAGACAUCUGAAGACACGUUUUUAUUUUGGUUUGAUGUGUAGUGUACACCUGACUUUCGUGGGAGGAACACAGAUUUUGCUGUAAAAAGACACUUUUUUUUGAAGCGUACACAGGAGAUGUUGGGCUUAUGCAGGGAGAUGGCAUGAAGUCAGAGAGAACAACUUAAAGCACAAACUACGGUAGUCUUGUAUGUUGUACUGCUCCUACUAUAAAUCCACUACCUUUUGCAUUAAUCCCGUAAGGGAUGUUACAUUGGAAUCUAGAUUUUCUUAUCGAUCAAGCUUGUAUUAAAUGACCUUUCUGAGACUGUUAACUUAAUCAAGUCAACAAAGAUUUUGUCCCUCCUCAUUUGUGUGCACAUGCAGCUUCAGAAAAGCUGAUUUUAUGUAUGACACAACCAAAUUGACAUUUUAUUUACAACUUAAUUUAUUUAAAAUUUGUGUCCUGAAUCCAUUAUUAAACCACAAAGGAAAAAAUAAAUAAAUAAAAGGUUUUCAUCUUGCAAAUGCAUGAACCCUUUGUAGUUAAUUGACAGAAACAGAAACCUAUUGGCUCUAAGUGUAUUCGCUACGUCUUCUUAUUAAAUUAGAAACUGAAGGGGACGCAUGAAAGCAUAUGCUCAUUGGCCCAAACUUGAAUUGUCCUUUUAAGUUGCAGGAACCAAGGUGAACUUGGACCUAAAGAAGCUUUGCACCGCUCCAAUGACUAAAUUAAUAAUGAGCUGAAGGUUUGUCUCGAUGAGGUAGAAGUGUUUGUUAAUAGGUUUGAUGAUGAUUAUUCUUCCUCUCCGCACAAUCAUUUUUGUCAUAUUAGGUCAUGGAACCUGUCGAGCAUACAGAUGAAUUCCUUAAUGUCAUUUUAUGUCAAAGCUAAUGUUGUACAGUUUGCAUUAGUGUCCAUGGCGAGCUCAGCCUUUUUAAACUAGAUACAACCUGGCUCACUGAAGAUUCGACACAUUUGAUUUGAAAUGAAUAAACACUUUUCAUGUCGUCGACUGAGUGCAAAAACUUUUUUUCUCACAAUUAAUGUUUUUGCACAAAAUGAAUUAAAAAGCACCAAAAUUGAUUUGAUGUUUGAGUCUCAGUUCUGUGGAGCUACUUUUGUAGUUUCAAAAUUGCACUACUGGGAGUAGUUCAGCUGUUCAGUUCAACAUGCCCAGGUUGUGAGUCAACACGCACAAUUUUACACAAUGUCACUGUUUUGACUUUGUCUCUUUCUCUUUGUGUGUGUUCAUUUCAAUCAAUGUUUGAUGAUUGAUAUUUAUUGUAAGAGGCAAAAGUGUAUAAUUUAAAAACUACAGUCAUGAAGGCUUUUCUGUUUCACUGAGGUAAAUAAAAAUGCCUUUUUUUUCCUUACUAUAAUUGUUUUAAAAGUCAUUCUUGUCUCAUGGAGGAGGUAGCUGCAAAGUAGCAAACACAAUGUACAUAUGCAAUGUCUUCCAAUGUUUCUACGUGUUUUUGCAAAUGGGACUUGUCUAUUAAAAUACUUUUCUUUGU